UGUGUUUUCACGGGAAGUCUCCCAAGUAACGUUCAGCCUGGUACAGUUUUAUACACAUAGAGGCUACAGACAUAUUCUCCUGCUGUUAAGAAACGUGAAAACUAGGUCUGCGGAUGUGUUUGACCAUUAAAUCCUGGCCCCGGAGCGGUUCUGGAAAUGCCUAACAAAGCUCAAGAGGAUGCUGUGAUCAACCUAAAGACGCUGCAGGAGAUAUCCAGGCAGCUGGGUUUUGAGUGGACUGUUCUGGCUUCUGAACUGGGUUUCAGCAGAGCUGAAAUAGGCCGGUUUCACACCAGAUCGACAGAGAGGAGCGUGCAGACCAGGCUCAUGUUGGAAAGCUGGUAUGAGAGGUCAUGGGACAAACCCAAUAAGACCAAAGUGCUCCAAGAUGGAUUGGAUCGGGCGGGACGGCGUGACCUUGCAGAGAAGCUGCGCUGCCUCCACUGGGGUCACCAAAAGCUGAGCAAGAAGGUGGAGCUGCCCUCAGCCUUCCCUUUCAUCAUCACAGUCCAUAAGACCAUCAGUAACCACGACGCCCUGCGCAGAAUCAACGACCUCAGCCGCAGAUUCACUUAAAGAACGUCCAAAGUGCACGCAUGCGGAUCUGGUCCGAUUCAAUAACUUUAUACACAUUAAAUAUAGAUUAAAAUCACCAAUGAAAGAAAA